AUGGCUACGUAUACUCCUACAAUCUCGCACAAAUCCAAUGUCCUGUACAUGCCACUAUCAACGCUCUCACCUACACCUUACUCUAUUAUGUCCGCCGACCGUGCUGAACCUGGCUCGCAGGACGAGCUUGCGGAGUUCUCGUUGCGUCCGCUUCGUAUUCGGAAAAGGACAGACCCUGCUCCAGUUUCUGCACCCGAACAGAGCGCAUCAAGACGCAAUUCCGCCCACAGUGAUUCCACAUCUGAGUUUGUGUGCCGCCCGAUGCGUCUUAGCCUGGCGUCACAAGCAGGACACAAAAGCGACGAUCAUUUGACGUCGCCGAAACGUGGCGCUGCCAAAACCGUGGCGCAAAGUGCCCAGGGCCUGCCUCGGAGAACAUCCAUCCACAUCAAGAACUUGCCCUUCAAGCAAAAGCCGCAAGAAACGGGCCCGGUGCUCGGAGACAUGGUGUUUGCUGUGUGUUUGGUGGAUUUCCAUCACGUACGUGGUCCAGAGAUCCAGUGGUGGCGCUCAAAUUACCAUAAAAAGUACUUGCCUGAAGACAAGCUUUUCCGAAACUUGUCGUUCCAGGCGUUGCCAGACGGAUCUCACUUGUUCGAGGAAACGUUCAGUAACUUCAAUUUGGUGUACGACUUCAACACGGGUGUAUCUUUGGAUAAUCUGGCUGACAUUGAACUGUUUCGGGGUAAUCCUAACCAUCUUGAGACCCUCUUUGGGUGUUCGUGCGUGCGUCAAGUGAAAACAACAGACUUGCCUGCGGAAGAGUUGGAGCGUAAUAAGGAUAUCACAAGGUCAAUUGUUCAAAAAGCAGUGGUGGUAAUCACACGGAAACAACCUGUUUUCACUAAAAUCAAAGAGAAGCUCAGUAUCAUUACACACAGCUACUUCCAGCAAUCCAACUUUACGAACUUUGAGUUGCUUGAAGAUCUAUUUGAGAAUUUGAAAGACUCUUUCAAACUUGUCGAAGACGACGAUUCGUCCACCGUUCGCAUGUUUCCGUCUGAAGCGGCACUUCUUGAAAACAAGAAGAAUGAGCGUCAAGAAGAGUUUUUUGUUAAUCUCAAUUUGCGGCACAUCCUCAGAAACUUCAAAACGAACAUUCUUGUGAUUUUGAAGGCGCUCUUGCUUGAGAAGAGGGUGCUCGUUUAUUCCAAUGACAAUUUAGAGCUUCUCACUCAGUUUCAAAAUAACCUUAUCGCCAUUAUUCCUGAUCUUUUGAACAACUUGGAACUUUCAGGUUGCCCCCUUAGUGACUACACGGAAAAGCAUGCUCCUCUCCUGAAGCCAACUUCACUCAAGACAAACGAUAGAAAAUCCAUGCUUCGGUUUUUCGGUUUACCUUUGCAAAUCUUCAACACAAAGGGCUCGUUCUGGAAUCCCUACUUGCCCCUUCAGCAGCUAGAUGAGCUUACCACAAAAACGUUCAUGGUUGGUUGUUCCAAUUUACUCAUCGCCAAUCAGCUGGCAAAAUUCAAAGUGGAUUUGCUUGUGGAUAUCGACACGCAUCUGGUGAGUUUCCCAUCAGGUAAAUGUGAGGACUUGGGUUUAUCCAGCUACGAUAAAAAGUUCAUUGCCAACCUACUUGCCACUCACCAAACGGGGGAAUCGUACGUGGGAAGCGACGAUUACAUGCGAUACCAAUUUGAAGACUAUAUCCGCAGUAUGCUCUCAACGACAAGGUUCCAACAAUAUUACGAUCGGUUCAAAAGUGCGCCACCGGGCUUUGAUCUCCAGACACAUAAGCAUAUGGGCGAUCUCCGUACAUUCAACGAGCAUUUCAUCACUGCAUGGUUCGAGACAGAAAAUUUCAAGAUUUGGGACGCCAUGUGUGAUGAGUUUAUUUUCAAUUUCCAUGAUCCGGUCCACAUUGCGUGUGGAAUGGACGAGCCUACGCCUUACUUGUCUAAUUUCUUUUCGUUCCGCAAAACGUCUCAACCGCAGGGACUUGCAGAUAUUGCAGACCAAUAUUUUUCGCACGCACAAAAACCACAGAAGUUCAUUUCUGAAACUGAAGACAAUCCAAAGGAAGAAGAAACUCCGGCUAAAAAAUCUGCCUGGAACUGGGGUUUCAAGAAGUAG